GGUCGCAUGUGGUCAUGUGCCGCUCUCCAUUUGGUCUUCUCAGAAAGCUGACUUCGAUACCCUGUAGAAAUUCCGUGCCGAUUAGCUAGAUGUUAUUUUAGUUUUUUUUAUCAAGUGUUCCAUUUAAUUGCUGUCAUGCUAUUAAAACUUUUUUGAAGAAAUAAUUUUCAAGUAAUUCAUACAUGUCUUGAUGGAAGCAAAUCCUACAAAUUUCAAGAACGUAUAAACAUUCUUCUUGUUGGAAGGAAACGGAAGACAUGCAGCCAACGCCAGCCUUGCCGCUUGCUUUCUCAUGUCGAGAGAACUUCAUGAAAAGAACUCGCAAAGUUUCCAGCAACUCCGACUGCUGUUGUUCCUUCCCUGAGAACAACAACUGCAUCGAUAUCCUCCUUGAUGUACAUUCUCCGAGGACAAUUAACGACCCUAAUGGCGACAUUCGGCGUGACAUUAUUGCCUGUAACCGAUCUCACAGUUCCAGGGAUCUAAAUUAUACUUCCCAUGAACUAGAAUUUAGUUGUAGUGAAGCAUUAACUUUUAAUCCAGCUAAUACUGGAUGUGACAUGAGCCACAAAACUGAACCUGAAUGGCGUUCUAAACCUUUACUUCUAAGUUACGUUUACCGAAAUUUUUAUAAACACCGUCCAGAGACGAGAUUCCUAUAUAAUUUUAAUUUGUUUAUAAUUUCUUUCUUAAUUUUUAUAUCUCUAAAUCUAGUUACUACUAAUUCGGAAGAAAUUUUAACUCUAAGUCGGAACCCUUCGCAGCUUAUCUUUAAUAUUAAUAACACAUCGGCGCUUCAUGAUGGCCAUCGCAAUCGAAACGCAAGCGCCAAGGUCAACAUCUCGGAGUUGUACUUUCUCCAUCCAUUUUCAUCUCAUGAUGAUCGCAGUAAAAUAUCGCUACACAGAAUGGACCAUGUUCUUGAUUAUGAAAACGAUGAGUAUACUCAUGAGAAACAUUUGGUCCGUCGUUCUGGACGUGAUGUAAGCAGCAAGCACAAUUCUUUACGCAGCCAUCAUCGCAAGCGAAGACUUCACGAGGACCACAGACGCCGUGGCGACCUCUGGCCCCAUGGCAACCAUCGUCCCUACGCGAUUUACGGACUCCAAAUGCCCCGCACAAAUCAUGAACAUCUGGAGCCUCAAGAACAUCAGGAGCUUCAUGAUAGCGAUGAAAUUAAUGAAUUGCAUGAGGUUGAUGGGUAUCAAGGGCCUUACACAAGCCACCAAAAUCAAGGAACAUCCGAAAUUCGGCGAAAUCGCAAUAACUACAACAGCCGUGAACGUGAAGGCCUCUUUGAGAGCCGAAGACUACGGAAGGAGCACCCGGUUCCUGUAGCCGAAGAGGUGGCCAAAGCUCCUCCUGGCAAGCAUUUCACAUGGAAGUCCACGUGGCAGCAAGGCAAGAAGAUUUCCGUCCUCUCUAUUGAACCAGACGGGCAGCGAGACCGGCGAAGUCUGGCCGCGCGUCUGCAGGCUCAAGGCCUCCACAGGCCUCGACACAUGGCAACCACACAUGACCAGGACCUCAAUGGCAAUCCCCACAUGAAGAUUACUUCUCCCAGUCAUCUACACGACAGAAACUCCGGCACUACUCCUGGCGACGGACGUGCGCAGUCAUCGGUCUCUGAACAACGCGGGCUCCGCUCCAAUCAUAAAAGAAAACAAAAAGGCGAGAACAGGCCUCAGAAACUGGGGUCGCAUUUGGAUUCUACUAAAGGGGAUUAUGAAUUAACCAGUGAAUAUAAUGAACAAGAUGCGAAUUAUUCUCCGAGAGAUGCUACACUGCAAGCUCAAGAUACUCUGGAUAGACGUUCGAGGAAUUCUCAGAAUGCACAAGAAUCCUCAUUUUUAUUGAAGCAGAAGAAAAUCUCGCUGCCAAGUUCCGAUCAAAAAAAUGAAUUUAAUUACAAAAAGCAAUUAGGUAGUCAAGAGCUUACCGCGGGGCUAGAAUUCGAGAAAAAUUUGCUAGAGCGAGAAAUCCAACGACUCGAAGACCUAGACGAAGAUAGAAAAGUGAUCGAAAAGGAUUUGGAAGCGAUCGAAGAAGACUUAGAAGAGAUUUUGAAUCGCGAGCGAAGAAGCUCAGUAAAUAGACGUGAACGGAUCUUGAGAAGACGAGAGAGACGAAAAUUGAGGAGGGAAGAGCGAAAACGCAGAAGGAAGAUGAGAGAGCGUGAAAGAAGACGCAAGAAUCCUCUAGCCGGUCUCGACAAUAACGGUAGUAUAGACAACAGCGAUGCUGACGUGGCGGUCGAUGAAACUACAGCAAUUAGAAACGAGUUGGCAGAAGCAGAACGACGAAAAUUGCGCAGCGAUCGCCGACGAAGAAGAAUUGCACAGAGGAGAGCAAGGAGAAGAGAAAGGAGGAUGCAACGCAGGCUGAGAAAACGAAAGAAAAUGUGGAAUAGCUCAUCUGAAUCCAACAUGGUCAUCGAUAUUGUCCAGUUUGAGCAGGACAGCACGAAUAUGCUUCUAGGGCACAACGCUUGUCAGUACCGCGACCUGAUGCUGUGCGCCAGGGAGACGGGACUCGUGUCGCACUCUGCCUCCUCCGUAUACUCCCUGCAGACAGAGCCUCGCUGCAUGCAGAGGAAGAACUUUUUGGAAUGCAUGGAGCGGCAAAGGAACGAUAGCAGUCACUGCAGCAGCUCAACCAAAGCUCUGGGCGAUCUCAAAAGCCUACGUAAGCAUCUCCGUUCAGCGAUGUUCUCGAACUCCUCCUGCCUCAUCGCUGCUUCCAUCCACGGCUGAUAAAUUUCUCCAUUGUACAGCUGGUGCAGUCAUUACUCGUAGUAUUUCACUGUAGUGGAUGCGUGUUUUACAUGUAAAUUGUGAACAGGAUCUAUUUAUUAAUUAUACCUAGAAUAUCAGCUUCGUCUUUGCUAGUUCAUGUUAACUCAAAGUUUGUGUACCCAAAUGUUGAUGCAAUGAAGCUUUUUUUGAAUUUUGGUUACUGUCUAGAGCAGUAAGAGAGUCAAUAAAGAGACUAGUAAUAUUUUGGUGGUUCAAGUUUCAAUGUAUUUAUUUCGAAAACUCCAAGGACUCAUCUUUUAAUGCAUUGUAGGUUGUGACGAUUGCAAGACCGGCGUGAAAUAAUAGCAUAACAUUUUGCUGUGGAAUUAAAUUUUACUGCUGAUAACGCAGCUGAAAUUUCAGGAAAACGUAUUUUUGUGUACGGUAGUGCUACGGAUUAGAAUGCACUAUAUGCUAGUGCUACUAUGAUAUUUAUUAAGGCGUUUCAUUUCUGUCUUGUAGUGUUCGUUGCUGUUAUUUAAAUUUUUAUUGUA